CCGAGGAGGAGGAGGAUCCUAGGACCCAGAGCCAAGAUAGAGCCCAGGAGUCCUGACCCCUCACUGGCUGUUGGGGGGAGGAUCCGGUGGAGUUCCCAGGCAAUGAUUUGCAGGAGCAGCCCUGCUGGUGGAUCAGCAGCAUCUGGAAGGGCUGAAGUGACCCGAAUGUUCAAGGAUUUUAUGAUUCAAUUCAACAGGACUUACAGGAGCCCUGCAGAACAGCAGAGACGCUUCGGGAUCUUCACGCAGAGUCUGCUUGCGGCACAGCAGCUGCAGGAGACGGAGCUGGGCACGGGGCAGUAUGGAGUGACCCUCUUCAGUAACUUGACAGGUGGGACCCCCAACUCCUCACAUCCCUCAGCCCUGCAGAUGUGUACCCCUUCCCACUCCUACAGCUCAGCACCUGUCCUGUGACCCCCCUUCUCUGUCCACACCACUUGGUACCCCUCAUGUCCCUCACCAUGCUGCACCCACUUCUCCUACCCCCACAGCUGGGCACCCCUAGACCCUAUUCCCACCCCAUCACUCGGCACCCCUCCCAUGAACCCUCUUUCUCUUCCCCACCAUUUGCCCUCCUCCCCCACCACCAACACUCUGCA